AUGGUCCGUGAAUUGUGCCAGAAAUUAUUAACGCUGAAAGAAGAGACUGACAUCAUUGAGACGUACGACUCUAUAAUUGGUGAAUGUCAAGACAAAGAGAAAGGGACUGAGUCCAAACAAUCCUGUCUUGAAGAAAAUUUGCUCCAGUCGAUUAUUCGUGACAUCCAAAGCACAUCCUCUGACGUCGUCCGUUCUGCAGGAGCUGCUCUUCGUUGUCUUCUCACCAACUUUGAGCCUGCGCAGAGUUCUGCUGUUAAAAGUGGUUUACCGACAAUAGUCGCUUCACAGUUACAAAAGUACAGCGACAUCCCAGAGAUCUCUGGUGUCUUAUCGGGGUCUAUUUGGGGCAUGGCUGACAGUCAACACAAGAACUUGUUAGUCAAUCCACAAAUAGCCAAUGCGCUUUCUUCUGCUCUCAAUACAGAGAAUGAAUUUGCACUGACAAGUGCCGUUGGUGCCUUACUCACGUUGGCCGAAGAUGACGACUUUGUGAAGUUACUUGGGAAGACUCAAAUAUUCAAGCAAAUCGCUGGACUCACUCCAGUCGCCGUGAAGGAUGAAGCUCUUGCGCGUAUUAUUGGAGGGUUUCUAUGUAACGCAGCUGGUGAAUCGACAACACAAAAGUUGUAUCAAGCGGCCAAUGGGAUCGACUCGAUAUUACAGAUUUUGGAGGCGCAUCAGAGUAACGUGCAAAUCAUCUCGAGGAUCUUAAGUGGCAUCCGGUCAUUGAGUUCUGAUGACACUGGCGUGUUAGAAGAUCUUAUUAAAGUGUCUAAGAGAUUUAUAACAAUUGCUGAGACUCACCCGAGUGAAGAGGUAGUUGUCCCAUUGUUAGGGAUUUUAUUUAACUUCUCACAGACGGACUCGAUGGAAGAGGAGGUCCACAACACGUGCACUGUAGUUGUUCAAAAGUUCUGUGCUGUGUCUAAAGAUGCCUCUAAAAUAGCACUUGGGUACUUUAUGAAUCUGUCGACAUGCGAAACGGUCGCAAAGGAAAUGGCGAAGUCUGAUGUGAUCACUAUGGAAGUGAAAAAGGCGAUGGACAAGUAUGAGAGUGUCGAGAAGAUCAUAACUCGAGGGUGUGGGUAUCUCCAGAACAUAUCUGACUUUGAAGAAGGCCGCGAUGGGAUCAUGAAGAGUGGGAUCACAAAGAAUAUCGUCGACGAGUUCAAAAAGCAUCAAGACGAAGAAGAAGUUGUGAAGUCUUGUUUGAGUGCGAUACUUAAUAUGUCGCAAGAAGAUGAAUUAGCACUUGAGUUAAUGAAGUUAGGAGCAGCCAAAGAGAUUGAUGAAGUUUUAAAGAAGAAGAAAGAUGAAGAGAUAGUGAAAUUGGCGUUAGUCUGUGUUAUUAACAUCACCUCAUCUGAUGGGAUUGAUCAGUAUUUAGAGAAAGACUGGGCCAAACACACUGUCGAAUGUUUAGAGAAGUACACCGACAAAUUGAUUAAAGAAAAAGCAGUGACUGCUAUAUGUGGUAUUGCUAUGGCUGGAAACGCGGAGAACAAUUUGAAGAACGAAUUGAUUAAAGAAGGCGCUGUUGAGGCCCUUGCGAAGGCGUUCCACGUGUCGCAAGUCACUGAGACCAAAGCGUUGAAUGCGCUCUUUGCGUUAAGUAGUGAGACGGAAGCUGCCAAAAAGAUCAUCGAAGCGCGUGUCUUAAGUUCUGCUGCGCAGACUGUGAAACUGUCAGCUGCGUGUUCCGAGAAUUUCUGUGGAUUAGUCGCCAAUUGUGCGAAGAGUCAAGACGUUCAUCCCGACUUGAUUACAUAUGUCGAUGAUAUCAUCGCCGUCAUCUCCGCUAAAAAGACUGAGAAAGCCGUUAUGUUUGGGUUGAAUGCUUUAAUCAACUUAUGUUCGAACAAAGAGACUAGAGAAGCUUUAAGAAAGUAUGGAGUCGUCGCAAUCGCAGCAAAGAGUAUUUCUUCAUUCAAAGCCGUCAAACAAAUUGUCGUCUCCGGGUGGUCUGCGCUUGGAAACAUGUCGAUCGACGAAGUGAUAAAAACAACUGUAGACGCUGCUGGCGUCUUCGAGUUAUGUGUCGACAUUAGCAAAUUGUAUAAGGAAGACGAAACCGUCUUGGAAAAGAUCGUCAACUUCAUAGCCGCCGCUUGCAACAAGAGUCAAGACAAUAAGAAAACCGUUAAAGAAAAGCUUCCCGCUUUACUCGACACACUCGAGGCUUCAGUCAAAAACCAGAAGACCAAGGAAAUAGUACAGAAGAUCAAGACGGCCGUUGGCUUAUAA